AUGGGGGGUGUUCAAGGGGAUUCAGCGGUAGUCCCAGGGAUCUACGAGGCCCGAGAGUUGGGCGGUGACAUAGAGGAAGAGUCUCAGAGUGAUAAUGGUGGUGAUGAGGAUCGUGAGGCGGCUUACAAGAAUUUAACGUUCCACGGGGUACCGAACUCAGCAGUUCAGGAUGGUCCAGAUGAAGGUGAAGAGGAUGUGGAGAGGUGUCGAUCGCCCAGUGGGAAAAGGAAGUCAUUUAUUCAGGACCAGCAGUUUGACAUCUGGCGUAAGGAGUUCAAACAAGCGUUUAGGAAGGUGGCCGUUUUGUCAAAAUUGAAGGCUGCGAGGAAUGUGAAGCAGCAACACAGAGAAUCCUUGGCUUUGCAACAUGCUCCUAUCGAUGAGAAGGACAGGUAUACGCAGAAAUUGGCGUCUGAUCUGCUGGAUUCGUUAGCCGCAGGUUGCCCCGCGGCUCUAUUUGCUAGCACGCAUUUUCUGCGUGAUGAACAUGGCCAAAGGCGGGCUCCUUUGUUGUUGGCUAUGUUGGGAGUGCGUGUGGAGCCGUUAGCACCUGGUUAUAUGAGUCGAGAGGAAGAUGAGGGCAAUAGAAACGAGGUACCAAAGACUGAAGAUAACAAUGCGAAUGAUGAUGAUGAUUCUAGUUCAAUAUUUGAGGGCGUUUUUAAGAAAGGUGAAGAUGGUCCUAAGGGGCUAUAUAAGUUGCAUUUGGAAUAUGGAAUUGGAGAAAAUAGACUUAAAUGGUGUGUUAUCAAGAGUUACAAGGACUUAUCGAACUUGCAUAGCAGGUUGAAACUUGUUUCAUUCCAGGAAAACACAAUGAACAAGCUUUAUAUCGAUCAUAACAGAUAUCACAGAUUUUACCUACCGCAUUUCCCUCGGAUCGAUGACCACGAGACUUCGAUGUUUGUGAAGCAGCCUACCACUAGGCUGGACGUAGCGAUAUCUUCUUCCUCUUCCUCCCACAGCUCCACUUCUUCACUUAACUUUUCAAUGGAUAGAAUAAAGGUCAAACACUUACAGGAUUUGAUAGAUGAACCAGAAGAUUUAACGCAACCAAUGUAUUUACGAAUCGAGCGUUAUCUGAGAUUGCUGAACAUUGCGCUGUGUCUACGACCGCAAGCGAACAGACUAUUUCAAUUUUAUGAGUUAUCACCAAUAGGAAAUCUUCUAAGCUAUGAGGAGCACCAUCAAAGUAAACAGGGUUAUUUGAUUAUCAGAUCAACGGCCAAAUCGCAAGGUUGGCGUGUAUCCCAUUUCAAGUUCAACGAUUUUAAGGAAAUGAUCGAGAGACAUACCACGAAGUGGUUCCUGGUAAGACACUCUUAUAUUCUGUACGUGUCUGAUUUGUACUCCACCACUCCACUGGACGUUUUCAUCAUGGACUCGAAAUUUAAAAUAAAGUUUUCAGGCUCAAGAGAUGGUGAUGAGAACUUGACUGAGCUAGAUUGGAACGCCAAAAAUAGCAAGAUUGGCACAAAAUUACUGAUUACGUUGCAAAAUGGGGAAAGAAAAUUGCAGGUAAUCUGUAAAUCUGAGUCAUCACUCAAACAAUGGGUAUCAUCAAUUUCUCAUGCCGCUCACAAUACCGUUUGGACCAAGCGUCAUAGAUUCGAUAGCUUUGCUCCAAUACGGAGAAAUGCCUUCUGCAAAUUUCUAGUCGACGGUAGAGAUUAUUUCUGGGCAUUGAGUGAAGCGUUAAGGAUGGCUGAAGAUGUCAUUUACAUACACGAUUGGUGGCUCUCUCCCGAACUCUACAUGCGUCGACCAGUAAAUGGCAAUCAAGAGUUCAGAAUUGAUAGAAUUUUAAAGGAAAGAGCAGAAAAGGGUGUGAAGAUCUUCAUCGUCGUUUACAGGAAUGUUGCAAACACUGUCGGUACUGACAGUUUAUGGACAAAACAUUCGAUGUUAAGCUUACAUCCAAAUAUUCACCUGAUCCGGUCUCCAAAUCAAUGGCUUCAGAACACUUAUUUUUGGGCCCAUCACGAAAAAAUGACCGUGAUUGACAACACAAUAGCUUUCAUGGGAGGUAUAGAUUUAUGUUACGGGCGUUACGAUACUCCUGAGCACGUAUUGAAGGAUGAUCAUGAUCUCUUGAAAGACCAAAUCUUUCCUGGUAAAGAUUACUCGAAUGCGCGUGUUUGCGACUUCUACGACCUGGAUAAGCCGUUUGAAUCAAUGUAUGAUAGGCGGAAAGUACCAAGAAUGCCUUGGCAUGAUGUACACAUGAUGACCGUAGGCGAAGCUGCAAGAGACAUGGCUAGACAUUUUGUUCAGAGAUGGAAUUAUCUUCUCAGGCAAAAACGCCCCAGUAGACCUACUCCUUUGUUGACACCACCAAGUGAUUUUUACAGAGGAGCAGCUGAGAACUUCACCUUUCUUCCAGAUGCUGAAACCGAAUCUACUUGUGAGGUCCAAGUCAUAAGAAGUGCAGGAGCAUGGUCCUUAGGACUGAAAGAAACAGAAAAAUCCAUUCAAAAUGCCUACUUGAAAUUAAUUGAGGCUAGUGAACAUUUCAUUUACAUUGAAAAUCAGUUUUUUAUCAGUACGUCGCAUUGGGAUGGUGUCGUUAUCGAAAAUAAUAUCGGCGAUGCCAUUGUCGAUAGAAUAAUCAGAGCUAACAGCGAAGGGAAAACUUGGAAGGCAUUCAUCUUAAUCCCUUUAAUGCCCGGAUUUGACUCGCCAAUUGAUCAACCGGAAGCGUCAAGUGUCCGUGUCAUCAUGCAGUGCCAAUACCAAUCUAUUUCCAGGGGUGAAACCUCAAUCUUUUCAAGGCUCAAGAAAUUGAACAUUGACCCAUUGCAAUAUAUUCAAUUCUUCUCUUUAAGAAAAUGGGCCGCUAUCGGACCCCAGGACAAAUUGGUGACGGAGCAACUUUACGUGCAUGCCAAAGUGCUAAUCGCCGACGAUCGAAGCUGUAUAAUUGGUAGCGCUAACAUUAAUGAAAGAUCUCAGUUGGGAAACAGGGACAGUGAAGUCGCUAUGAUUAUCAGAGACACAGACCUAGUGAAGUCGAAGAUGGAGGACAAAGAUUAUUACGCUGGAAGGUUUGCAUUUGAGCUGAGAAAACGAUUGAUGAGAGAACACCUAGGUUGUAACGUGGAUCUCGUCGAGAUCGUUGAGAGAAAGUUUGGUCAUUUAGAGGAGUUGGCUAAAAUGAACUAUAAAACGUUGAAUACUUUAAGUGGACCCUCGAAAAAGAGCGACAUGAUGAAUUCAGCAAUGGUUGAAGUAGCAUAUCGUGAGGUAUUUGAUGUUGAGUACAGUGACAGUUGGAAGGCUAAAUUCUCAGGUAACUCAGACAUAAAGCAACACGGUAUACUUAGCUUCACAACCGACGACUCGGGCAAGCAGGAUGACAAACCUGCUGAUGGUCCUUUGGAUUCGAUGGAUCCAAAUUCUUAUCAGAAAACAAAACUACCAGAUAGAAAAGCCUCUAUCGAGAAAGAAAUUCCUUCUCGAUCUAUUAAGAAUUACCAUUCUUUCAAUUACAGAGCUGGUGAGGAAAAUGUCGGUAUUCGAGACAACAAGCCCGUUAGUUCCGACCCUCGAUUAACAAAUAAUGAAAAGCAUAAAGAAGAUGUCGAGGGUUUGGGACUCGAUGGAUGGAAAAAGGUAACCAAGAAAUUCAAAGAAACGGUAACAGAACAGCUGAGGGAAUGGGCAUUUACUGCCCUUGGGUCGGAUUUAACGAUAAGGAAGAGAGAACAACGUAGAUCUUUUCUGCCCGAUAAGAAUGAUAUUGAAGAGUACUUGUGUGAUGAAUCAACCAGCUAUGGUCAACGAUGGGAUAUGCUUAAGAGAAUCAGCUACCUCCAGCAUCUGUCAUUCAAGAACAAGAGUGCAAACAAGCAAAACUCUAAUUCGAAGACAGAUCGCGAGCCGAGGUUUGGCAAUGAAUCGAAAAGCGACCAUGAAGCUCAUGUGGAGAUUUUAGAAGACCAAGAGUUGGAUGAUGAUUGUAUUGAUGACCUUUUGGUUCAAAUGGCACCUAAUUUCGAAGCUCGUGAAGACGCCAGCCAAAAGCUCUUCAAUCUGAGAUUCAUUGAUCCUUAUUCUUUCGAUGAUCCAAUAUGUCCUUCGUUCUACGAAGAUUUAUGGUUCUCGAUCGCCCUCAGAAACACCUUGCUAUUUCGCCUUGUUUUCCACUGUCAACCAGAUAAUGCCGUUCAGUCUUGGAGAGAUUACAAAGAAUACUGCAGGAUGUCUGAAGAGUUCUCUGACAACCAAGAUGCACUCAUAGAUCUAGAAAAGCGCCCACAAAAUGCUAGUCAUCGUGCCUCGUCCACUUCAGCAGUCCCUGGUAAAGGAGAUCUCCCACUAAACAAAGAGGCCGCAGUUACGGUUGAAAAAGGAACCAAGAUAGCUGAAGUUCCUCAAGAAGGUCUUCAUAGAGGCGCUGGGAAAGGAGACUCUCCAAGACCGGGCGAGACACAAAGCAAGCGCUCAAAGGCAACUGCGUUGAGAAUGAGAUUAUCUGGCAGUCUUCUGUUCGGAUUCAAUCAACGGAUUUUUGAUAAGUACACAGCCAGAAGAAUUUUAGAACGAGUGCAUGGACACUUGGUUGUCUUCCCUACGGAAUGGUUGGCAAAGGAGACAGAAUCGAAAAACUGGUUUUACAAUGUUGACAGAAUCCCACCAAUUGAUAUCUACGAUUGA